AUGGACUGUGACAUUGAAGAGUCAGUGAAAUCCUGCCGAUUUUGUGCACUUGCAGCCAAGUCACCACUGGUAAAAUUUCAACCGUGGCCUAAAACCGACAGUUCAUGGAUCAGGCUUCAUAUAGAUUUUUCUGGACCACUAAAUGGUGCAUAUUACCUGAUUGUGGUAGAUAGUUAUACUAAGUUCUACUGGUUCAUCCAUGUUGGUGCAUUAAUUGCAUACUCAUGUGUGGCCUUAGUACAGCAGAAUAUUUCUUUUGAAAUUGGUUAUUUAAUUCCAUUUCUCAGUAUGUUGUUUGCAAUGGUUGCACUGGUCUCUGGACGUAACAUUUAUAGGCACUCUUACCCAGCAGGUAGCGCCCUCUUACAGAGUGCUAAAAUAAUCCGGGAAGGAAUCAAGAGACAUAAAUUGGUGAAGAACCAAGCAAGAUCUCAGGGCAGGAAAAUCAGUAGCCUUGAUGCAGCCAAGAAGGAGAAUGGGGGAUCAUUUGAUGCUGAAACUGUUGACGGAGUCUUGAGUUCUUUGAAAGUUUUACCUGUGUUUAUUGCUAUCAUCUUUUAUUGGGCAAUUUAUUCCCAAAUGUCUUCCACAUAUUUCCUACAAGGAACUGUUAUGGACAUUUCCAUCAAUGGUGCUCCAAUGUCAGUUGCAGUAUUAAAUGUCUUCAAUGUGGUCAUCGUUCUAAUUCUGAUUCCUAUCCUAGAUUUUGUCUACAAAUAUCUCCAGAAGAUUGGCAAAAAUCCAACACCGCUGCAACGUAUGGGGUUUGGAUUAGUAUUAACUGCACUAUCAGUGGCUGUAGCUGGAAUUGUGGAAAUAUUCCGAGUAAAAGAAUUGAGGGCACAUGGAGGUGUAGUACAGCUCUUGGCUAAUAAACCUUACAAUGCUUCUCAUGUUUCUAUAUUUGCCCAGAUUCCACAGUUUGCACUCAUUGGCUUUGGUGAAGUAUUUACUAGUAUCGCAGUCCUUUCACAACAGUUAUCACAAUAUUCUGUAUAUUUCUUUUUCCUUAGGUUUGGAAUUUGCAUAUUCCCAAGCACCGGAAAGUUUGAAAGGAUUGGUCAUGGGAAUUUACCUGUUCACUAA